UAAGAGAGUCUGUAAAAUGGCUGCUGCAGCUUCGUUCCUUGAGGAGGAGCUCUGCUGUGCUGUUUGCUCAGACAUCUUCAAGGAUCCUGUCGUCCUGAAGUGCAGCCACAGCUUCUGUAGGGUCUGUCUGCAGAAGUUCUGGGAAGGGAAGAGCAUUCGGGAGUGUCCAUUAUGCAGGAGGAAGUCCUCCGGGGACGAUCCCCCUGUCAACAUUGUCUUAAGGAACGUUGUGGAGUCAUAUUUACAGCAAAGGAGGGUUAGAAAUGUGGCAGAGAAGAAUGAAUCUCGCUGCAGCCUCCAUGGAGAGAAGCUUCUAUUCUUCUGUGAGAACGAGCAGGAGCUUCUCUGUGUUGUUUGUCACACUUCAAGAAAGCACAGAAACCACCAGCUCUGUCCAGUAGAAGAAACUGUACAGGAUAAGAAGGAGGAUCUCAGAGCUUCACUGGUUCCAUUAAAUGAAAAGCUGGAGAAGUUUACAAAAGUUAAACAAGAGUCUGAGAAAACAGCCAAACACAUCAAGAGUCAGUCCCAGCACACUGAGAAGAGGAUCAAGGAGGAAUUUGAGGAACUCCAUCAGUUCCUGAGAGAGGAAGAGGAGGCAAGACUGGCUAUACUGAGAGUGGAAGAGAAGGAAAAGAGUGAGAAGAUGAAGGAGAAGAUAGAGAACAUCUCCAAACAGGUCUCCACCUUGACAGAGAAGAUCAGAGACAUUGAGAAGGCCAUGGGAGCUGAGGACAUCUCCUUCCUGAAGACCUUCAAGAAAACACAGCAAAAAGCCCAGUGCUCACUGCAGGACCCAGAGCUGGAGUCAGGGGCACUGAUAAAUGUGGCCAAACACCUGGGCUUUCUGAAGUUCAGAGUCUGGUUGAAGAUGAUGGAGACAGUACAGUACACUCCUGUGACUCUGGACCCAAACACUGCAGCCCCCUGGCUCUCAGUGUCUGAUGAUCUGAUCAGUGUGAGACACACUGGAGUUAAACAGCAACUUCCUGACAACCCAGAGAGAUUCUCCCCCUGUGUGGGUGUGCUGGGAUCUGAGGGGUUUAACUCAGGAAAACACAGCUGGGAGGUGGAGGUGGGGGACAAACCUGAGUGGGAUGUAGGAGUUGCAUCAGAGUUUGUUGACAGGAAGGGGGGGAUUAUAUGCAGCCCAGAGGAUGGAUUCUGGGUUGUAGCUCUGAGGAAAGGUGACGUGUAUACAGCAUGUGAUUCACCAUCAACCCUCCUGAAACUGCAGAGGAAACCGCAGAGGAUCAGAGUGCAGCUGGACUAUGACAGGGGGCAGGUGUCCUUCUUCAACCCCACUGACAUGUCACUCAUCCACACCUUUAAAGGCACAUUCACUGGGAGACUGUUUCCAUUCUUCUCUCCAUGUGCAAAUGAUGAUGGAAGCAACCCAGGAGCCUUGAAGAUCUGCCCAGUAAAGGUGUCUGUGACGGUGACAUUAUCCCAGUAAAGGUGUCUGUAACAGUGACGUCAUCCCAGUAAAGGUGUCUGUGACAGUGAUGUCAUCCCAGUAAAGGUGUCUGUCACAGUGACAUCAUCCCAUUAAGGGUGCCUGUGACAGUGAUGUGAUCCCAGUAAAGGUGUCUGUCACAGUGACAUCAUCCCAUUAAGGGUGCCUGUGACAGUGAUGUGAUCCCAGUAAAGGUGUCUGUCACAUUGACGUCAUCCCAGUAAAGGUGUCUGUCACAGUGAUGUCAUCCCAGUAAAGGUGUCUGUGACAGUGAUGUCAUCCCAGUAAAGGUGUCUGUCACAGUGACAUCAUCCCAUUAAGGGUGCCUGUGACAGUGAUGUGAUCCCAGUAAAGGUGUCUGUCACAUUGACGUCAUCCCAGUAAAGGUGUCUGUGACAGUGAUGUCAUCCCAGAAAAGGUGUCUGUGACAGUGAUGUCAUCCCAGUAAAGGUGUCUGUGACAGUAAA